ACUUGGUGGAGAGUUCAUUAUCUGCCUCAUCACCAUGAACACAUAAUUAAGAACAGGGAGGAGGGAAUAUAAUAAGCAAAGCAUGAAUCAAGUGGAUCACUUCAAUUUCAAAGUUCAGUCAUUCUCUUCUAUACCUGCUCGCAAUUUUAAUGCCACCUACAAGGCUACAACUGCUAUUACUCUGGGGUUUGUGAAUAAAAGGAAACAAACGCCUCUAUGAAGAAGAAAGUGGCUUCCAUUGUUCACCCCAUAAAUUGUCCCUCUUACUUUCCAUCUGCCCACCCAUCUUUCUUUACUAUUUCCUAGCGUUUCUUCGUAUAUAAACUCUAUAUUCCUGUUUACUGUUGCCUCAAUUGAAGAUAAAAACCAGUGGCACCAGCUUAAUAUGCCAUUCACUUCCGUGCUUUCUUUCCACAAACACCAGCGGACCUCUGUUAACAAGGCAGUAUAAAUAGAAUAAAAAAAAAUAUCACUUUUUUAGUUUCUCUUAUUCGUAUUUAGCCACUACAACAAGAUAAGGACACCUUUUGCAAGAGGUGGAGACGUAAAAGAUCAUAGGUUGGGAGUUUUCUUUUGGGUAGUUAAGCUUUUACCGAUCUCAUGCUCAUAGUUUUCUGGUCCGAGUUUUCAACAGUGAACAUCUCAAUAACAGUCUAAACAUGUGUGAACUUUCAGUCUAGUUAUCUUCACUAUUUUACAUUGGCGCCAUUGAUACAGCCAUACGGCUGGAAUUCUAGUGAUCUUUCAGUCUAGUUAUCUUCACUAUUUUACAUUGUCGCCAUUGAUACAGCCAUACGGCUGAACUUCUAGUGAUCUUCACUAUUUUACAUUGUCGCCAUUGAUACAGCCAUACAGAUAUAGCCUAGUUCUCUGUCCUUAGGUACCACCUAAAUAUGUUCUCCCUUAGAUAUCAAGAAGAAAAGACAAGAGUUUACCAACAAAAAGAAAAGACACAGAAUGUCAACGCUCCACUGUACCAAAAACUUAUCUCUGUCUACAUGCUAAUGAGGAACUAAUAACCAUGGGCAACUUCCAAUCUUAAUAGUUAAACAUCAAGGGCAAAGGCUCAGUUCAAUUCAAUCAUUUAGUCUCAAUAGGGAGGCAUCAGGCAUUGGAAAUGAGAUUUGGGAGGAAACGCUAUGCCUGUAGUUGUCUAUGGUCUAACACAACCUAAUUUCAUGGUUGAACAUCAGGGGAGUGGCUUCGUCAAUACUUAUUGGUAUCAUAAUGAUGGUUCCAAUACCAGACCAAACACAAAAAGUGAAAGGGCACGCUUUUUAUUGGAGUUAGGCUAAAAAGGGAAGAUGCUUAUUCAUAACACGCCAAACAAGCAGUCAAAGCCUUGACCAUUGGAUGAUUUGAGGAAGCACAUUAGAUGGCCUGGUCUUUCCUACAACCGCAAAUUUGUGGGUGCAAAAGUAGACCAGCUCCAGAAAAGACCAGUGGGAUCAAAUCGGCGACUGAGUAGUUUGCUUUAUCCUUCUUGGUACAAAACUCCACAGUGCACAUGGGGCUUUAAUGGAGUUUUAGGCCCGAAAAGAAGAGCAUCUUGCAUAGUGUAGAGAGUGUCAACUAACCAUCCAAUCGGUUCUAUGUUCACCCACGAAACUAGACUUUGCACACCCAAAACAAAAAAAAGAAAUGAAAGGAUAAAAAAGCCAUAGAUGCACCAAACUGGCAACUUCUAUAUUUGAUGCUAAAUGAAGGGUAUGUGUGAAUGUGAACUGACCACAAAUUUCGAGUACAGCUGCAUUUUCCAACUUCUGUCCAAGUCACGAGUCCCACACUUGAUUCCAUUGCUCCAGCAUACUCCUGAAACUAUAACAUAAGUUAAUCUCAAAGGCAACAUUGCGCUGAAGGAAGUAUUCUAUGCGUUUAGAAUAGGAUUUGCUCAUUUAAUGACUCAUUGCUGAAAGCAAUGUUGUCCAAACCAGCAACAUAAUCAAGUAGGGAGACCCGAAAAUUCUUUUGUUGCAAAAGAACAAGUACAAGUUGGAAUCUAAUUUUGUUGGUGCUUUUAAGGAAAGCAAUCGUAGUUUAGAAAUAGAAAGCACUGACCUUCAGCGUUGAUGAAAGUCGGAAACUUCAAUGACAGUUGGUUGUUGCCGACAAAUCAGAAAAGUAACAAAAUUGACCAUCCAGCCACCAAACCACCACACAAUCCCAAGGCAUAUCACAAAAACGCCAGACUGUCUCACGAUUCAUCCCAAUCGGCCAAUCAAUGCAGGAGCACGAAAUCCCCCCAACCAGCUGCGAUGAGAUCCACUACUGGGGCGAUCUCCCAGAGCAAGAGUACUACAAACAGCAGGGAAUUCGGGCAGGGCACUCGUUCUACACCUCACCCAGAGGCCUGAAGCUCUUCACCCGGUCAUGGCUGCCGAACACCUCCAAGCCACCGCGCGCCCUGCUCUGUAUGGUCCACGGAUACGGCAACGACUGCAGCUGGACCUUCCAAUCCACAGCCAUCUUCCUCGCCCAGAACGGCUUCGCCUGCUUCAGUCUCGACAUGGAAGGCCACGGCAGAUCCCAGGGACUCAAAGCCUACGUCCCCAACAUCGACCUCGUCGUCCAUGACUGCCUCUCCUACUUCAACUCCAUCAAACGAGACCCGCUAUUCACCGGCCUCCCUUCAUUCCUCUACGGCGAAUCCAUGGGCGGCGCGAUGUGCCUCCUCAUCCACUUCCAAAGCCCCACAGCAUUCGACGGCGCGGUCCUCGUCGCACCGAUGUGCCGAAUCGCCGACGAGAUGAGACCUCGCUGGCCGAUCCCCCAGAUUCUCACCGUCGUCGCCAAAUUCCUCCCGACGCUGGCCAUCGUCCCCUCGGGAGACGUCGUCCGUGCAUCCGUCAAAGUGAAAGACAAGCUGAAGGUCGCGGAGAUCAAUCCGAUGAGGUACAGAGGCAAGCCGCGGCUCGGGACGGUGCUGGAGCUGAUUAGGGUUACGGACUGUCUGGGGAACAGAUUGCGAGACGUUAGGGUUCCGUUCCUCGUCCUCCACGGAAGCGCGGACGUGGUGACGGAUCCGAAAGUGAGCAGGGCGCUGUACGAAGAGGCCGCGAGCGAGGACAAGACGAUCAAGAUCUACGACGGGAUGCUGCACUCGCUGCUGUUCGGAGAGACGGACGACAACAUUGCCAUGGUCCGGCAGCAUAUUCUGGAUUGGCUCCGCGAUAGGUGCUGAUGAACGAUCGAGGCGGGAAGUUUGCUGGAAAUUACUCCAUUUUCGUGGUUCAAUUGUGAUUUUUUUUAGCUGGGGAUUUCGAAUCAGACUAUGGAUUGUUGAAUUGCAGAUGAAGAUCGUUGAAUGUUCUUGGCAAAAGGAAUGGAGAUUGGAGAUUUUUGAAUUUUGAUCCAUGGAAUUGUUUCCGCUUCAAUAUUUUCGUGUUCAUUCUUUUUCUGGCAAAAAAACGAUAAAGGUCCCACCGAGAUUUGAACUCGGGUUACUGGAUUCAGAGUCCAAUGUCCUGACCACUAGACCAUGGGACCUUUCUGUUAAGGUGCUUCUGAUGUGCCUACAAGAAAGUGAAAGCAUUGGUUUUCGUCUUUCAUCUAGAUCUAGUAUCGCUCAACAUCUGUAACCAGGCGUCAAUGACAAAGCAAUAUCGGCGUAUUCUCAAGAAUCCAUGGUGACUGGUGAGUGUUACUAUGCCAGUCAACUUAUCUUGCUCUGUCUCCAAUGGCAAACCUGGGCUAACUGUAGUACUGUACAACCAAACCCUAUUGUAUUCUCUGCUUCCGACAUUGCCACAUUUGGUUGUUGCAAUGCAAGCUCGUGUGUCUCGGACAUUAUCGUCUUCAUGUUCUCCUAUAUGCAUCCAUUAGAACACUUUGGAUCAUCGUUAGAUGAGUUCUCUCUUUGGUCAAUCAUCACACCGAUAAUCUAGUCAAGGAUAGCAAAAACGAUUCACGCUAUUAAUCAGUUAGCGUCACAGGGGAAUCCGGUUCAUCCUACAUUGAUAGGCAAUCGUGAGUUUCGACCAUUAACGAACAAGGUUCACAUGACCUUACCAUACAAUCGAACAAAUGAGAGGCUAACGAUUUAGAGUACACUGAGAAAACGAUGAGACUAAAAAUUUAAACCAAGUUAAAACCCUGCAAGUGUACAACAAUCGACCACUCUUGGACCCUAUUCAGAACAAGCCUUCAAAUUUUUCGAUCCCAUAUGAUUUGCAGUUGAAAGAAAACAGUUAAACAAAAUAUCAAACGAAUAAUAGCAGUUAAACAAACUUAAACGAAGCAGAGAAAGAACACAGGCUAUCAGGAACAAAUAAAGCCAUCUCUCUUUUCAUAUACAUGCGAGGAAACUGUUUGGUGGGCAAAGAAAAUAUAUAACAUACCUAUGA